ACGAGUCAGGGGAGUUCCGACGGACUUAACGGGCCCACGACCCGAGUCACGUGGAUCCGUCAUCACGUGCUCGACUACAGGGGAAUAGCAGACGCACCACCGAAUUAUGAGCGAGAGAAUGCCCUGGUUGCAGGUGAGACACGCAGCGUUUCCAGAAAGAAAUUUUCUCCGUAUAGUGAUAGAUGGAAGGAACAUUUUCUUGGGCGUGAGAUACAUAACCUUCCACCCCGUUGUCUCGGUCAGCAACGAGUUCGCGAAUGGAACACCGCGGAGAUGUGUGCGCCCAACGGGUGGAACAUGCGAGUGUGUGCUGUCAGGAUCUUGGCAAACUCCAGCCACGAUGGUAAGGGGAUGGAUUGUGGAUGAGAUCAAUGGAAAAGCCUCGUGUUCUUCGGGAAGUCCAAGUCCACCGAUGGGGCCGCGGGUUCUGGAGCAAGCAUUUCCAUGUAAGCCGGGCCAGCCCUAUGGAAAAUUUUUGACCCACACAGCCUCAACCUUUUUUCUUUUUCUUCUCUCCCUUCAAGCCACCACGCUGCCGCCGCGGGGCUGCAGCUGGCCAUGAAGCGAAGGGAACCGUUCCGCUGUACGUACAGACCCAUUUCCAGCUCAUGAAUGCUCCUCCACAUGCUCGGCCGAAUGGUCUGUUGCAUCCAUCGUGGGAAUCUAGAUGCAACCUUCUCCUGCUUCCUACUGCUACCUGCUUGCUUUGCUGGCGACAGAUAUGGCGAGGCUUCACAACAGACAGUAGUCGUCGUUGUCGUCGUCGUCGGCGCGCGCGGGCAGAAUUCCG